CACCGUGCCGGCACUGUAGCGGGAUUCUGUAACUCGUUAUACUAUCGUUAUGCGCUCAUAGCGACAGUUUUCGGUAUGAGAAAUAACGAGAGGUCGCUGUAACGACAAACGCGAUUCCGUACACCAAGAAUAACGAGUUUUAUCGUUAUUCAUACCGCAAAACGUCGGUACGAUGUCGUUAUGGUUUGCCAGCAUACCGAGGCCUAGGUACCCCCUCGUUAUAGCAUAACGACAUAAAGUGCUGUUGAAAGCAUAAAAAAUCGCACGCGUAGCAUCGAGAGAGAGAGUGUGAAACUGUGAUCCACAAUGCGUACGGUAGCGUAAAUUUUUCGAGGAUUACAAUUAUAGCAUUUUUAAAAAAUCGUGAAUAUGGCCGUAGAAUUUUUGGCUCUGGAAUUGGCUUUUCUUGGUGAGAGAGUACGUCGAGUAGAACGGCGUGUGGAAAGAAGACGCCUAAGAGAUGCUCAGAACCCGUUUCAUUUAUCACGAGACGAAUUCAUCGAUUGUUUUCGUCUCACUCCAGAACUUGUACACAGCAUUGCACAUGAGUUGCAAGCUGAUUUACAGAGUGAACGAAGUACUGGCUUGAGCCCACAAAUAAAGGUAUUGAUUGCCAUUCAAUUUUAUGCGCAAGGCAACUAUCAAAGGAGUGUCGGCAAUCAAUUUCAUUUCAAUGUCAGUCAGACAACAACAAGCCGUUGCCUUCACGCUGUAACUGAGGCAAUAAAUCUGCGGUUGCUACGUAGGUGGGUAAAAUUCCCAAUGACCAACGAAGAUCGACAGCGAGCUCGCGAAAAAUUUUCAACUGCUGCACAGCCAUUCGAAGGUGCUAUUGGUGCUAUAGACUGCACUUUUGUUCACAUUCUUGGCCCUUCGAUACAUGAAGAAGCAUUUAUUAAUCACCAUGGUCGACAUUCAUUGAACGUUCAAGCGAUUGUUGAUCCAGAUUUAAAACUGCUCAAUAUCAACGCAAGGUUCCCAGGUGCUCGCAAUGAUGCAUACAUCUGGAGCAUAUCACCAAUUCGCCGAGCUAUGGAAUUUCAUUACAAUCGAGGCGAACGAAAAACUUGGCUUAUUGGUGAUGCUGGAUACCCAUUAGAACCAUGGCUCAUGACACCCUUGGCUAAUUAUCCUGAAAAUACUCAACAAUUUCAAUACACGCAGCAGCUUUGUAAGGCAAGAAAUGUUGUUGAGCGAUUCUUUGGUGUUUUCAAAUCUGUAUGGAGAUGUCUUUCCUAUCAGCGUGUGCUUAUGUAUGAACCAGCAUUCGCUUCAAAAAUAGUUAAUGCCUGUGCAGUGCUGCAUAAUAUGAGAAUACAACAUCGUUUGAAUAACGAAGUAUUUCAAGCAGCGAUAGCUGAUCAUCGUCAAAAUGAAAACAUUGAUAUAGAUUUCGAUAACGAUUUACCUCAAAGAGGCCCACGCGCUGUAGCGCUGAGGAUCCAACGGCAAAUUAUGAGGGAGAAAUUCCCUCAUUAUCGCGAUGCACAAGAUAUUGAUAGAUGAGCACGAUGAAUGAACUAUGUUUUUUCUAUUUUUAUUGGCAUUCUAUAAUUACUAACUACGAUUUGUAGCUAUUGCCAUCAAAUGCAUUAUUUUUACUGUAAAUAAAUACUGUAACAAAAAAUGUGGAACGCGCUUGUACAUAACGAAAUUGUAAUAUGAAAUUCACUAUAAAUAUCCAUGUACACUUUCAUUGUCAUAUGUAUGCGAUGCUUCGUAUUGCCGGAAUUGUAUUAAAAUGUUGAAAGGAACGUUUUGAAAAUAAAAAAACGAUUUGGAA